GCAAGAGCUUGGCGGCGUAUCCGCGACUAAAAAAUAACUUCCCCCUCCCCAACCAGACUCCCCUCCCAGCUGAGCUGAGCCGAGCCUAGAGCUCGGCUCGGGCCAGCCCGGAGGGAAUUGCUGCUGGGAGCCCCAGGCAAGAGGUGCAGGGGAAGCUCACCUGCUGCUCCCUGCAGUGCUUUCCUUCCCGGUCCCGCCCCUACCUUUCCCCGAAGACCCCUUCCUCACCUCCCUUUUGCUGCACGCUUGCCCCCCAGAAGUAACUUUUGUGCUCUCACCUCGCCUCUGGGUCCUCUUUACCGGAGGCUGCGCCGAGUCGGUGCCCCAGCACAGGAGCUGCUAGGAGCACUGGCUGCUUUUCACCAGAGUACCACUUUGCUCCUGGGCUUGGUUUGCAUCACUCGCAUCACACCCUAGGUUUCGAGGAACCUGCUUGUCUUCCUCUCAGGCGACCAUUCCCUCUCCCCUUUAUCCUCUCUUGUUAGAUCUCUUUCCUUUAUUCCCAACCCCAUCCCUUCUCUCUUUCUCUCUCUUUUUUUUUUUCCUUUUCCUUUAAUUUUCUUUUUUCCCCUUUCCCUGGGGAAGAAUGGUUGACUUGGAGAGCGAGGUCCCCCCUCUGCCCCCAAGAUACAGAUUUCGGGAUUUGCUGCUAGGGGACCAAGGGUGGCAAAACGACGACAGAGUACAAGUUGAAUUCUACAUGAAUGAAAACACAUUUAAAGAGAGGUUAAAAUUAUUUUUCAUCAAAAAUCAGCGAUCAAGUCUAAGAAUACGCUUGUUCAAUUUUUCUCUGAAAGUAUUAAGCUGCUUAUUAUAUAUAAUUCGAGUGCUUCUGGAUCCUCCACCACAAGGAAAUAAAUGGUAUCAUAUCUUUUGGGUGACGAGAUGUCUACCAUUAUGGGGCUUACAGGUUUCAGUGGCCUUGAUAAGUCUCUUUGAAACAGUGUUACUAGGUUAUCUAAGUUAUAAGGGAAAUAUUUGGGAGCAGAUUUUACGCAUACCUUUCAUCCUGGAAAUCAUUAAUGCUGUCCCCUUCAUCAUCUCAAUAUUCUGGCCUUCCUUAAGAAACUUAUUUAUCCCCGUCUUUCUAAAUUGUUGGCUUGCCAAACAUGCUUUGGAAAAUAUGAUUAAUGAUCUUCAUAGAGCCAUUCAGCGGACCCAAUCGGCAAUGUUUAAUCAAGUUUUGAUUUUAAUAUCCACAUUACUUUGUCUUAUCUUCACCUGUAUUUGUGGAAUUCAGCAUCUUGAGCGAGCAGGGAAGAAAUUGACUCUCUUUGACUCCCUUUAUUUCUGCAUUGUGACUUUUUCUACUGUGGGCUUUGGGGACGUCACACCUGAGACAGCACUGUCAAAACUUUUCGUCGUCAUUAUGAUAUGUGUUGCUCUUGUAGUCUUACCCAUACAGUUUGAACAGCUGGCCUUUUUGUGGAUGGAGAGACAGAAGUCUGGUGGAAACUAUAGCCGUCAUAGAGCUCAAACGGAAAAACAUGUUGUCCUGUGUGUUAGCUCCCUGAAGAUUGACUUACUUAUGGAUUUUUUAAAUGAGUUCUAUGCUCAUCCAAGACUACAGGAUUAUUAUGUAGUAAUUUUAUGUCCAACUGAAAUAGAUGUUCAGGUUCGAAGAGUCCUUCAGAUUCCAAUGUGGUCCCAAAGGGUUAUCUACUUACAAGGUUCAGCCCUGAAAGAUCAGGAUCUAUUGAGAGCCAAAAUGGAUGAUGCUGAGGCUUGUUUCAUCCUAAGUAGUCGGUGUGAAGUUGACCGGACUUCAUCUGAUCAUCAAACAAUUCUGAGAGCAUGGGCAGUUAAAGAUUUUGCUCCAAAUUGUCCUUUGUAUGUCCAGAUACUGAAGCCUGAAAAUAAGUUCCACAUCAAAUUUGCUGAUCAUGUUGUUUGCGAAGAGGAGUUCAAGUAUGCCAUGUUAGCUUUAAACUGCAUAUGCCCAGCAACUUCUACCCUUAUUACACUAUUGGUCCAUACUUCCAGAGGACAAGAAGGCCAGCAGUCACCUGAACAGUGGCAGAAGAUGUAUGGAAGAUGCUCUGGUAAUGAAGUGUACCACAUUAUCAUGGAAGAAAGUACAUUUUUUGCUGAAUAUGAGGGAAAGAGUUUCACAUAUGCCUCUUUCCAUGCCCACAAAAAGUUUGGCGUCUGUUUGAUUGGUGUUAGGAGGGAAGAUAAUAAAAACAUUUUGCUAAAUCCAGGUCCACGUUACAUUAUGAAUGCUACAGAUACAUGCUUUUAUAUUAAUAUCACCAAAGAAGAAAACUCAGCAUUUAAGAAUCAAGACCAGCUAAGACGAAAUAAUGCAUCAAGGUCAUUUUAUCAUGGACCUUCUAGAUUACCAGUACAUAGUAUAAUUGCCAGCAUGGGCACCGUGGCUAUUGACUUACAAGAUACAAGUUGUAGAUCUGCAAGUGGCCCUAAUUUGGCUCUGCCUCCAGAAGGGAGCAAAGAAACCAGAAGACCUAGUAUUGCUCCUGUUUUGGAGGUUGCAGACACAUCAUCAAUUCAAACAUGUGACCUUCUAAGUGAUCAAUCUGAAGAUGAAACAACACCAGAUGAAAACAUUUCUUCUAAUUUAGAGUAUGCUAAAGGUUACCCCCCUUAUUCUCCAUAUAUAGGAAGUUCUCCCACUUUUUGUCAUCUCCUUCAUGAAAAAAUUCCAGUUUGCUGUCUAAGAUUAGACAAGAGUUGCCAACAUAACUAUUAUGAGGAUGCAAAAGCUUAUGGAUUCAAAAAUAAACUAAUUAUUGUUGCAGCUGAAACUGCUGGAAAUGGAUUGUAUAACUUUAUUGUUCCUCUCAGGGCAUAUUAUAGACCAAAGAAAGAACUUAAUCCCAUAGUCUUACUAUUGGAUAAUCCGCCAGAUAUGCAUUUUCUGGAUGCCAUCUGUUGGUUUCCAAUGGUUUACUACAUGGUGGGCUCUAUUGACAACUUAGAUGACUUGCUUAGGUGUGGAGUAACAUUUGCUGCCAACAUGGUGGUUGUGGAUAAAGAGAGUACUAUGAGUGCUGAGGAAGACUACAUGGCAGAUGCCAAAACUAUUGUAAAUGUGCAAACCCUCUUCAGGUUAUUUUCAAGUUUAAGUAUUAUCACGGAACUCACUCACCCAGCCAAUAUGAGAUUUAUGCAAUUCCGAGCCAAAGACUGUUACUCUCUUGCUCUUUCCAAACUGGAAAAGAAAGAACGGGAGAGAGGUUCUAAUUUGGCAUUUAUGUUUCGACUGCCUUUUGCUGCUGGGAGAGUUUUCAGCAUCAGUAUGUUGGACACACUUUUGUAUCAGUCAUUUGUGAAGGAUUAUAUGAUUUCUAUCACCAGACUUCUGUUGGGAUUGGAUACUACACCGGGAUCAGGAUUUCUUUGUUCUAUGAAAAUCACAGAGGAUGAUCUAUGGAUCAGAACAUAUGCCAGGCUUUAUCAGAAGCUAUGUUCUUCUACAGGUGAUAUCCCCAUUGGAAUCUACAGGACCGAAUCACAAAAACUUAGAACAUCUGAGUCACAAAUAUCAAUCAGUGUAGAAGACUGGGAAGACACCAAAGAUACCAAAGAACAAAGUCAUCACCGCAACAACCAUCGCAAUUCAACUUCUAGUGAUCAAUCAGACCAUCCUUUGCUUAGGCGAAAGAGCAUGCAGUGGGCACGUAGGCUCAGUAGAAAAGUUCCAAAGCACUCUGGUAAAACAGCGGAAAAAAUAAACCAACAGCGACUGAACCUGUAUAGGAGAUCAGAAAGACAGGAGCUUGCUGAACUGGUGAAAAACAGAAUGAAGCACCUAGGUCUCACUACAGUGGGAUAUGAUGAAAUGAAUGAUCAUCAAGGCACGCUUUCAUACAUCUUGAUUAAUCCUUCUCCUGAUACAAGACUGGAGGUUAAUGAUGUUGUGUAUUUAAUUCGACCAGAUCCUUUGGCAUACCUUCCGAAUACUGCACCCAGCCGAAAAAGUAGCAUCUGUAAUACCACUGGAGCUGACACCCGAGAAGAAACACAGCUUUGAUACAAUUUAAUAAUAAUAAUUAAAAAACUAUUUUUUUCUA